AGAGAAAGAAGGAAGAAGAAGAAAGCAUCAGCAUAAGCAUCGAUGGCGAAGGAAGUAGAAGGGUUCAAGUUCGAGCAGAGACACGGGAAAGAGAGAGUGAGAGUUGCUCGCGUUUGGAAGAACAAUCAAGGUCACCACUUCGUUGUGGAGUGGCGCGUCAGCAUCUCCCUCCUCUCCGAUUGCCUCAACUCCUAUCUCCGUGAUGAUAACUCUGACAUCGUUGCCACUGACACCAUGAAAAACACUGUAUAUGCAAAAGCAAAGGAAUGUUCGGAAAUACUUUCUGUGGAGGACUUUGCUAUUCUACUUGCUAAACACUUCACAUCAUUUUACAAGCAGGUUACUACUGCUAUUGUUAAAAUUGUGGAGAAACCAUGGGAGCGUGUUAAUGUGGAUGGUCAACCUCAUGAACAUGGGUUCAAGCUCGGAUCCGAGAAGCAUACAGCAGAGGCUAUAGUGCAAAAGUCUGGUGCACUACAGUUGACUUCUGGUAUUGAAGGAUUGUCAUUACUGAAGACAACCAAGUCUGGUUUUGAGGGUUUUAUAAGAGACAAGUACACAGUACUUCCUGAAACACGUGAAAGGAUGCUGGCGACAGAAGUAACUGCACUAUGGAGGUAUUCAUAUGAAUCACUAUAUAGCAUCCCGCAGAAGCCGCUUUAUUUUACUGAGAAGUACCUCGAUGUUAAAAAAGUUAUAGUUGACACUUUCUUUGGACAUCCAAAGGAGGGAGUGUAUAGUCCAUCUGUUCAAAGCACUCUCUACCAGAUGGCGAAGGCCACACUAAACAGAUUUCCUGACGUAGCUUCUAUACAACUAAAGAUGCCAAAUAUUCAUUUCAUACCAGUCAAUCUCUCAAACAAGGACGGUCCAAUUGUAAAGUUUGAUGACGAUGUGUAUUUGCCAACGGACGAGCCACAUGGGUCAAUUGAAGCUAGCUUGAGCCGCAUUUUGUCAAAGAUGUAGAAACACUACUUAAACAUCUCAGCCCAUCCCUUCUGGUCAAAUGGAGAUGCUGCUUACACUAUGGUGCUUAUCCUGAUUUAAGAUCAUACACAAAUGGAAUCUUGCCAGAGCGAUACUCCUUUCAAAUAAAGAACUCAAUAAUGUUAAUUCUGGUUUGUUUUCAUUAUAUUUUGUUCAUGGAGAGCUUAUGUGCAUAAAUAAUCAGCAUGGUGGAUUUUCUGCAAUUUGCACCAAUGUAUAUCAGAACUGUUUAUUCACUGAGAAGUUUGGCAAGACGACUAGUUUCAGCAUUUAUAAUCGAACUUUUCAUUCGUUGAA